ACCCGACUCCGGAACCUCUUACCGCGCCCCGCCCGGGGCGCCUGGCUGCGGGGGGUAGAGGCCCUCCGCCACACGCGCGGCCCCGCCCCGGCCUCCACGUGACCUGGCGUGCGGAGCGCGCACGCGGGAACCCGCGCUGGAGGCGGGCGAGGGCAGAGGGGCAACUGGGGAUCGCGGCUUGAGGAGGGCGGGGCCACGCCACAGGUCCGCCUGUGUCCUCAGCUGCCUCCGCGCGCCAAAGUCAAAUCCCGACACCCGCCGGCGGGCCGGUGAGCUCACUAGUUGACCCGGCAGGUCAGGAUCUGGCUUGGCGGCCCCGCGAGCUCCAGUGCGCGCACCUGUGGCCGCCUCCCAGCCCUCUCGGCCGGAGGCGCUCUGGGCCGCCACAAGACUAAGGAAUGGCCACCCCGCCCAAGAGAAGCUGCCCGUCUCUCUCAGCCAGCUCUGAGGGGACCCGCAUCAAGAAAAUCUCCAUCGAAGGGAACAUCGCUGCAGGGAAGUCAACAUUUGUGAAUAUCCUUAAACAAUUGUGUGAAGAUUGGGAAGUGGUUCCUGAACCUGUUGCCAGAUGGUGCAAUGUUCAGAGUACUCAAGAUGAAUUUGAGGAACUUACAAUGUCUCAGAAAAAUGGUGGGAAUGUUCUUCAGAUGAUGUAUGAGAAACCUGAACGAUGGUCUUUUACCUUCCAAACAUAUGCCUGUCUCAGUCGAAUAAGAGCUCAGCUUGCCUCUCUGAAUGGCAAGCUCAAAGAUGCAGAGAAACCUGUAUUAUUUUUUGAACGAUCUGUGUAUAGUGACAGGUAUAUUUUUGCAUCUAAUUUGUAUGAAUCUGAAUGCAUGAAUGAAACAGAGUGGACAAUUUAUCAAGACUGGCAUGACUGGAUGAAUAACCAAUUUGGCCAAAGCCUUGAAUUGGAUGGAAUCAUUUAUCUUCGAGCCACUCCAGAGAAAUGCUUACAUAGAAUAUAUUUACGGGGAAGAAAUGAAGAGCAAGGCAUUCCUCUUGAAUAUUUAGAGAAGCUUCAUUAUAAACAUGAAAGCUGGCUCCUGCAUAGGACACUGAAAACCAACUUCGAUUAUCUUCAAGAGGUUCCUAUCUUAACACUGGAUGUUAAUGAAGACUUUAAAGACAAAUAUGAAAGUCUGGUUGAAAAGGUCAAAGAAUUUUUGAGUACUUUGUGAUCUUGUUGAAGACUACAGGCAGCCAGAUGGUUCCAGAUACUCAGCUUUGGGUAUCUUCGUAGCUUCAUAUCAAUAUAAGUUUCUUUAGAAAACUCAAGUUUUUAACCAUUUUUGUUUUAAGGAAAAAAGAUUUUUAAAAUGAAUCUUAUGCAAAACUUUUUGACCAGUUUCUUUUCUUUUCUUUUUUUUUUUUUUUUUUUUUUUUUUUAAAACAUUUAAAGACAAAGACAUUAUUUCUUAUAGCAGGAAAUGUAGAGGUAGAUGGUUCUAGUAUCAGCAUUGCGGCUAAACUACAUUAUAAAAGAUCCAGCUUCCUUCUGUCAUUCCCCUCUUUUGUCUUCCUCAGCAGGUUGGCUUUUUUCCCUGGUGCCUCUCACCUCAUUGGUGACCAGUUUCUUAAAUUGAAAGCUUUAAUGUUACAUAGUAAAUGGUAGUGUGUCCUGUGUAAAUUAGUGUACCUAUUAAAAGUUGCAAAGUGGAAUUAAAGGAAUCCCUAGAAUAAGGAUUCUAAAGUUUUAUUUUAAAUUAUUAUCUUCUUAACAGUUUAGUCCCACCUCUUACUUCCUGCCUCAGUCUGCUUUCUCUACUGUCUGGAUUAAUUAGGCAGCCUGCUAUAAAGUUAAAGUCACACAUUUCUAUUUUGCAAACAUUGUGAUUACUCUUUGCUUUGCAGUUUGCUUUGCUUUGUAGGGUUCUGCUUUAAGUUUUUCUCUUUUUCAGACAAAUUACUGAUAAAAAUGAUAUUGCUCUAUAUGUAAUAUAUCCUGAAAGCAUUAUUUUUUGUUGAAUAGGAAAUAAAAUUAAUGAAGACAGAGGCUAGGAAGCAUCCAUUAAUGAAUGAGACACACUUAACUACUUAUCUCUAAAUCAUCUAUGUGAAUAUUUGUAAAAAUAAUGCAUGGAUUCAUCUUAGUUCUGUAUAUAAAUAUAUUUUCUUUCUAGUUUGUUUAGUUAAGGUGUGCAGUGUUUUUCCUGUGUAUUAAACCUUUCCAUUUUACAUUUUAGAAAAUUUUAUGUAUUUUAAAAUAAGGGGAAGAGUCAUUUUCAUUUUGGAACUACUAUUUUUCUUUCUAAGUCAUUUUUGUUUUUGGUUUCUUUAUUCAAAGAUGUUAAUUUAGUGGAUUAACCAGUCCAGAUGCACUGAUCUUUGCAAAGGGGACCUAAUUUCAAAUCCGUAAUUACCAUACAUAAACUGUCUCAUUAUACGUAUGCAUUUUUUUAGUUUGUUUUUGUUUGGUAUAAAUUAAUUUACUUAAUUAAAUAUUUGUUAAGUAUAAACCUUAUGAACUACAGUGGAGCUACACUCACUGAAAUGUAGUUUCAGUUCUAAAAAGAUGUAAUAAUCAUUUUAGAAUUAAAAUUUAUUCUACUUUUAAAUAAAUUAUGAAUAUUAAAGGUGAAAAUUGUAUAAAUUGAUUCCAUCUUAAGUGGAGACAUAUUUCAGUGAUUUUUAGUAAUCUUUAGAAAUGUAUAUUGACUUUUAAAAUUUGUAGAAUUGAAAAGACGCUAAUAAAAAUUUAUUAUUUAUUUGUCAUGACUCAAAA